CUAGAACUGCACUAGUGUAAUAACCACCAGCCAGCCACACGUGGUUAUAUUGAAAUUUUAAUUAACAUUAAGCGCAGUUGAAAAUUCAGUUAAAGCCACAAGAUGAGUUGAGUGACUGCCAUAUUAGACAUUACAGAAACAGAACAUUUCCAUCAUGGUAAAAAAUUAUAUUAGAAAACAUGGUGCAAACUUUUUUAAAGUGUACCCUUUAAAUUGUAGUUAAAAUGACAUGAGUUUCUGUGGCAGAGUGCUCUCAUUUUGAGCUUUUUAAAGAAUUCAUGUGAAAUAUAAAGUACAGAUUUCCUCAAUCUAAAUUUCCUUUGGAUUUUUUUGAUAGGACAAAGGAAAUAUAUAGCCUACAAGGGACCAUGAUUUCCAAUAGCUUUGCCUAUUUUGUUCCAUCCUGGGAUGCCACCAAGUGAAAUUUUGAGUGAAGUAAGAAUUCUACUAGAGGAAAUGGCUGCCUCUUCAUCCUCCUCCUCAGCUGGUGGGGUCAGUGGAAAUUCAGUCACUGGAUCUGGUUUCAGUGUCUCAGACCUUGCCCCGCCACGGAAGGCCCUUUUCACCUACCCCAAAGGAGCUGGAGAGAUGUUAGAAGAUGGCUCUGAGAGAUUCCUCUGUGAGUCAGUAUUCAGUUAUCAAGUGGCAUCCACGCUUAAACAGAUCAGCAAGUUGCUCGGAUGGAAAAACUCGCUGGUUUGGUGGAAGAGCUGGAGGCUGAUGAAUGGCGGUUUAAGCCCAUCGAGCAGCUGCUGGGGUUCACACCCUCUUCAGGGUGAUGCUGCCUGGGUGGUUACCUCUGGGCACAACCAGUACAGAGCCAGUAAGGAAGUUACAGCUUCUAGAGCCACCCAGAGACCCACAGCUGCAUUGCCAAACCGCUGAUUCCAUCAUACUCGGUUUCUCUAUAGGCAACAAAUACUUAAAUGUGUAAUAUUGCAGGGAGUAGUUAUUUGGUUUAGAAAGCAUUAAACAGCCUGUUACAGAGAACAAAGAGAUAUUUAUAAAAUUGUCACAAACCAAAUAGGACACAUACCAGAAUUGGCCAUCUGAAUGGCAUGUGUCUUGUCAUUCAUAGAGUGCCUGGAAACCUUCAUCACUCAAUCCAAGGUCAGGAUAUUUCUUUUCAAACAUGAAUUCAACUCAGGACCUAUCUAAAUGAGGAAUUUUUAAAUGUUCAACUUUUUUCCUGUUUUUAGACAUCUAAUUCUAUAGAUUCUUAACUUUUUCUAACUUCUGGGCAUGUUGCUUUUUGAAUGUUGGAGCACUUGUAAAAAUAAAGAAGUGAGCAAA